AUGAAGGUCGCGGUAGUGGUCUCGGUUUUUGCUCUUCUGGCUCGGCCAUUCGUAUCGGCCUCAUCCGACCUGGCCUACUGUGCUACAGAGAACACGGGGUCUUCUUUCACGGGAGUUUCUAACACAUUUCAAUCGAAUGGAUUAUGUGAAACUACCUGCACCGAUUACGCUUUUGCUAUCCUCCAAGGGAGUAAAUGCUGGUGCUCGAACGUGGCUCCCGCCAAGUCCUCACUAGCCGACGACACUUCGGACUGUGAUGGUGCAUGCCCGGGUUAUCCCGCAGACAGUUGUGGAAGCACAUCCAAAGGAGUGUACGCCUACGUGGAAGUGGUCGGCAACGAUGCGACUAGCACAGCCGCUGGUACAACAACUUCGAAAACCACCUCGUCAACCUCAACCUCGACCAAAUCAACAUCAACCUCUACCUCAACGACCUCGAGUACUAGCGACCCGCCUGUAACGGUCACUGUGACUGCCUCCGAUUCCACUACCACUUCCACUACCACUUCGACCUCACCCAUUUCAACUUCCUCGGAUGAUAAAACAACAACUUCCUUGCCGACGGUCUCAGUGCAGACCAACUCUGGCGGCCAAGUCAAGACCAUCACCGUUUCUGGUGCAAGUGCAACUUCUGGCGCUGAUUCCGCAUCGCCUAGCACCACCACUAGCAGCAAGUCGAAAUUGAGUGGAGGUUCCAUCGCAGGCGUUGUGAUUGGCGUCCUCGGAGGACUCGCUCUGGUUGGUGCUCUCAUCUUCUUGAUUUUCUUCUACCGCAAACGCGCUCGUUCCGUCAGCCCUAUCCCAAGCCAAGACAUGGCAGACGACAGAAGCAGGGGAUCGAGUUUCAUGGGAGGUUUCUUCCCGCGAAGCGAUAACGGAUCUCUGCCCUCACGUACGGGCACAACAUUUACCGAUCGGCGAAUGAAGACCAACACGGUCCUCUACCCGAACGGUCAUCGGGACAGCAGUGUUUCACUGCAAGACAACGAAGACUACUCGCGUCCUGUUCUUCGGCUUACCAACCCCGACUAA